AUGCCGGACUUGGAAUCAACAUACAUCGAAGACCAUCCACGACCUGAGACGGCAGUGGCCAUUCCAAGUCAGGCUUCUCCAGCGCACUCUUGCCCACCAAAAAUCCAACAAUUACGUGAGGAAGACACUACAGUGUCGAGAGUCACCACAGAGUGGAUUGAAGACCCAGCAGGACAUAUAAAUCAAAGGAUCACAAGUGUAUCG